AUGCGGUUUCUCAAAGGCUCUUUGCCGUUUGUUGCCAGUGCACUUUCGUUAUUUUCUGCUUAUGCUCAAGCACGAUCGCAAGAGCCUAGUGCUAUCCAACAUAUCUCAAUCCUCGAUCAUGCGGUGAUCGGUACGCCUUCCCAUGAGGUCGACCAUCUGACAAAUUUCGAAAUCACAUUCGACCUUGAGGAUACACAUCAACGGAUCAAACUAGAACUGGAACCGAACCAUGACAUCCUAGCUGAGGAUGCCUAUGUACAGUACCUCGACACCGAAGGGAACGUGCACCGGGAGGAAGCAAUCAAGCGGCAUGAACAUAAGGUCUUCAAGGGGCAAUCCUUGUUAGGGAGAGCAAAUGGUCUGUGGAAGCCCGUCGGAUGGGCACGGAUAUAUGUCAAGAAAGACGGCGCGCAGCCGCUGUUCGAAGGCGUCUUCAGCAUCGACAAUGACAAUCACCAUGUGGAACUCAAGUCGACCUACCUGCAGAAGAAGCGUCCCGAGGAUGCCGAUAUCCCCGAGCGCAAGGACGACUACAUGGUCGUCUACCGCGACUCUGACAUGGUUCGAGAGUACCGCACGGAGCUGAAAAAGCGUUCCUUGACCAGCUACGCGUCGUCCUGCCAAGCCGACAAACUCGGCUUCAACAGCGAUCCGGGGCAUCCGAUCUUUCGACCCGACUUCCAGGAGAUGGACUCGGAUAUAGGUAUGAGCCGAUACGGUGUCAUGUCCCUCAACUCAUUGUUUGGCCUCAGCAAACGACAGUCGGAUAUUGGCGGCGUUUCCGGCAAUGCUGGUGGAGUCAAUUUGCAGCAGACUAUUGGAAGCACGUCCGGCUGCCCAAAGACCAAGCAAGUUGCUCUAAUUGGCAUCGCGUCGGAUUGUUCGUUUCGAGCGUCCUUCGAUAGCGACGAGGCUGCGAAAUCAUGGAUCAUCAACGUGGUCAACAGCGCUUCGGAUGUAUAUGAAAAGUCGUUCAACAUCUCCAUUGGACUGCGAAACCUGACCAUGACCGAAAAAACCUGCCCUGAUACCGCACCAGCCUCGACGCAAUGGAAUAUGCCCUGUGAUCAAGGCAACAUAACACAGCGGCUGAAUCUGUUUUCCAAGUGGCGCGGGCAGCAGAGCGACAACAAUGCCUACUGGACUCUCAUGAGCAAUUGCCCCACGGGCAGCGAGGUCGGUUUGGCGUGGCUAGGACAACUUUGCAACACCGAAGUCACCGGUGACGCGAACAGCUUUGUCAGCGGUGCCAAUGUUGUGGUCCGCGUUUCGGGCGGCGGCUGGCAAGUUUUUGCACAUGAAUCCGGUCAUACCUUCGGCGCUGUCCAUGACUGCGACAGUUCUACCUGUAGCCAGAAACUCGAUGUGUCCUCCCAGUGCUGUCCGUACACGACAAGUGAAUGCGAUGCACACGCGCAGUUCAUCAUGAACCCGAGCACGGGGCGAGACAUCACCAAGUUCUCGCCUUGCACGAUUGGCAAUAUCUGCUCGGCACUGGGCCGCAAUAGUGUCAAGUCGAGCUGUAUAUCCGACAAUCGGAACGUCGUCACCUACACUGGCAACCAAUGCGGAAACGGUAUUGUGGAAGCCGGCGAAGACUGUGAUUGUGGCGGAGAAGCAUCCUGUGGUAACAACAGUUGCUGCGAUGCCAAGACAUGCAAAUUCAAGAAUGGAGCCGUAUGCGAUGAUGCCAACGACAGCUGCUGCAAUAAAUGCAAGUUUUCCGCGGCUGGGACCGUGUGUCGGGCCAGUCGUGGGGAGUGCGAUCUUCAAGAGACCUGUACUGGCAAUUCCAGCACUUGUCCUGCAGACGAGUUCAAGAAAGAUGGCGACGAAUGCGGCAGCGUCUCUGGCUUGGCCUGCGCUAGUGGCCAAUGCACUAGCCGCGACUAUCAGUGCCGCAGUGUCAUGGGAAGCAUGAUCCACGACAACGAAACUUUUGCAUGCCCGGAAUUCGGUUCUUCCUGCGAACUGAUUUGUACAUCGCCGUCCCUAGGCUUAUGCUACGGCGUGAAUCAGAACUUCCUUGAUGGCACCCGGUGUGGUAGCGGAGGCCAUUGCCGCAAUGGGCGCUGCGAUGGCUCCAGUGUUGCCGGCUGGGUUGCGGAACAUAAGAAUCUUGUGAUUGGCGUCGCUUGCGGUGUCGGCGGCUUGCUUCUUCUUUCCUUCCUCUGGUGCUUGAUCGGCCGCUGUCGCCAACCACGAGUGGUCGCAGCCCGGCCACCGAUGACCCAGAUGAGACCCUGGCCCCGGCCGAUGCCCCCGCCACCGCAUCCCCAGAUGGGACAAUGGGCGAAUGGGCCUAAUGGAGGUUAUCAGGGUCUAGGGGGCGACCCUCCCCCGCCGCCAUAUCCCGGUGGACCCUAUCCCGCGCGUCCGCGGUAUGCCUAG